GUUCAGAAAAUAGCAAAUAGUCACUAAAAUUAAACUGUCACUAAGAAGGGGUAAGAUAGUGAAUAUUUGCAAGAUCAUGCCCUACAAGCACGACGAGGUGUCCACCAACCUCUGGUACUACGUGCACGACGCCACCGCGCACCCUGCGAAGCACCACCACAAGAAGUCACACCACAAGAGGCACCACCACAAACCAGCGUCGAAAACCGCGAAAAUGGCUCUAAAAUCCACAUCGAGAUCGACUAAAGAAGCGGUUUUGGAGCUUUUCGACUUCGACUGCAAUUUGACACACGAAGAUCUUCGUGAUAACGUCGCUGCUUUAAUGCAGCAAGCUGCAGCUGUCGGUGUCAAGGAGAUGCUGGUGCCAGGCGCCACUAUUGAGGAGUCUCAACGAGCCAUCGAGCUCUGCAGACAACACCCGACCAAGCUCUUCCCGACGGCAGGAGUGCACCCUUACACUGCACGAGCAAUGCCAAAAGACGAGGAAUUGAGUACUCUGCGAGGUCUCAUGGAGAUGGAGGAAGUCCGGGCAGUGGGGGAGUGUGGCCUGGACUACUCGCCUAAGUUUCCCGAGCCAGAGUUCCAGAAAAAGUGGUUUGCCGAGCAACUAUCGAUGGCCUGUGCGCUUAAGAAGCCUUUGUUCCUCCAUGAGCGUCUGGCACAUGAAGAUUUUAUCCAGCUGAUCGAUGAAGCGAAGCAAAAGGCCAAUGGAUAUUUCCCUCCGGCAGUGGUGCACUGCUUCACUGGCAAUGAAGACGAAUUGAAAGCGUACAUUGCACGCGGUGACGACUGGUACAUCGGCAUUACGGGGUUUAUCUGCAAGAAACAAGGAGCUGCAUUGAAGGAAAUGGUCAAACACGUGCCGCUGGAUCGUCUUGUAUUGGAGACGGAUGCGCCAUACAUGGGCUUCCCCAAAUGUCGACGCGCAGAGGCUACAGAUGCCAAGAAACAGUACCCAAAUGUGCCCAGUGCGAUGCCACUGGUGGCUCAAGCCGUGGCUACUGCUUGGGGCCGCUCGCCACAGGAGAUUGCCAAGAUCACUAGAGCCAACGCUCGUCGCUUCCUACGUCUAUAAGAAACUGAGGUAGAUGGCAUUUGCAGGCAUUCCAUAGAUACUUGUAAGUGUUAAACUGUCCUAAGUCGUAGCGUUGGCUAUCCCCACGCUUGGAACUACAAACUAUACGUAAUAAACUCUGGGAAUCUCCCCAGUCUCUUUUUCUUCCUAUA